UCUCUCUUCCUCCAGCUGGUCUCCGAGCCCGGCUCGGUCCGGUCCCUCUGCCCCCAUCCCGCACUCUUCCACCUCCUCCGCGUCCCCCACUCCUCACCUAGGGCGCCCCGAAUUGCCAUGGGUUAGGGUGGGGACCUCGAGCCGCGGGAAAGACCGGCCCCGUGCAUCCGCCGGAGGGCGCGUUGCCCGAACGCCGCUCGCCGCUCGCCGCUCACCGGCGCCGGGCAUGGGGAGCGCGGUGUGAGCCCGCAUCCGGGGAGGACCGAGGAGCCGCGGAGACGGGCCGAGGAGGAGGAAGAGACCCGCGGAUUGGGAGGACCCCGGGGAGGAAGGGAGAAAGAGGAGGGAGGGCGGGGAAGCGAGGGAAAAGUGAAGCUGGGAGGAGAAGGCGGCGGAAGGUGGGGAUUGAUGCUUCUGUUUUUUGUUGCCGCUGCCGCCCUCGCGCUGGGAGCCGAGCCGGAGAGAAGGCGGUGGAGAGAUGAUUGCAGAGUUGGUGAGCGGCGCUCUGGGGCUCGCCUUGUAUCUCAACACCCUGAGUGCGGAUUUCUGCUACGAUGACAGCCGCGCUAUCAAGACUAAUCAGGACCUUCUCCCAGAAACGCCAUGGACGCACAUUUUCUACAAUGAUUUUUGGGGGACUCUUCUAACCCACAGUGGCAGCCACAAGUCCUACCGGCCGCUCUGCACGCUCUCUUUUCGCCUGAACCAUGCCAUCGGAGGGCUGAAUCCCUGGAGCUACCACCUCGUCAAUAUCCUACUGCACGCGGCAGUCACUGGGCUCUUCACGAGCUUUUCUAAGAUACUCCUUGGGGACGGAUACUGGACCUUCAUGGCGGGCCUGAUGUUCGCCUCUCACCCCAUCCACACGGAGGCGGUGGCAGGAAUCGUGGGGCGGGCCGAUCUCGGGGCCAGUCUCUUCUUUCUCCUCUCCUUGCUCUGCUACAUUAAACACUGUUCCACAAGGGGCUACUCAGCCAGGACGUGGGGCUGGUUCCUGGGGACAGGACUGUGUGCAGGAUGCAGCAUGUUGUGGAAGGAACAAGGAGUGACUGUUCUCGCAGUCUCAGCCGUUUAUGAUGUCUUCGUCUUUCACAGGCUGAAAAUGAAACAGAUCCUACCGACCAUUUACAAAGGGAAGAAUUUGUCUCUUUUCCUCAGCGUUAGUUUGUUAACUCUCUGGGGGACUUCCCUUUUGGGCGCCCGUUUAUACUGGAUGGGAAACAAGCCACCAAGCUUUUCCAACUCCGACAACCCAGCUGCCGAUUCUGAUAGUCUCCUGGCUCGCACGCUCACCUUCUUCUACUUGCCAACCAAGAACCUCUGGCUGUUGCUCUGCCCGGAUACCCUCAGUUUUGAUUGGUCAAUGGAUGCUGUGCCUCUGCUCAAAACAAUCUGUGACUGGAGAAACUUACACACUGUGGCCUUCUACGUCGGACUCCUCCUCCUUGCCUACUGCGGUUUAAAGAGCCCGAGCAUGGAAAGAGAUUGUGAUGGGAAAUUUGUAACAAACGGCAAGCAGAAUGCAAAUGGACAUAGCUGCCAUUCGGAUGUGGAGUACCGGAACUCAGAGAUUAAGCCCAGCUUUUCAUCCAAAGUAGAAAAUGGCAUUAAAAAUAAUGUAUCACAGAGAACACAACUUCCUUCUACGGAGAACAUUGUUGUUCUGUCUUUAUCUUUGUUAAUAAUACCCUUUGUUCCUGCCACGAACCUGUUUUUCUAUGUCGGCUUUGUAAUCGCAGAGCGAGUGUUGUAUAUUCCUAGUAUGGGCUUCUGCCUCCUCAUUACAGUGGGUGCCAGAGCCCUUUAUGUCAAAGUCCAAAAGCGGUUUCUCAAGAGCUUGAUUUUUUAUGCUACAGCUACAUUAAUUGUUUUCUAUGGACUCAAGACUGCAAUCAGGAAUGGAGACUGGCAGAAUGAGGAAAUGCUGUAUAGGUCAGGGAUAAAAGUAAACCCAGCUAAAGCAUGGGGUAACCUUGGAAAUGUUCUGAAGAGUCAGAGCAAAAUUUCUGAAGCUGAAAGCGCCUAUAGAAAUGCUUUGUACUACCGUAGCAACAUGGCUGACAUGCUUUAUAAUUUAGGGUUACUUCUACAGGAGAGCAGCAGGUUUGCAGAAGCAUUACAUUAUUAUAAACUGGCAAUCGGGAGCAGGCCUACACUGGCUUCUGCAUAUUUAAACACCGGUAUUAUUCUGAUGAACCAAGGAAAGACAGAAGAAGCCCGACGUACAUUCCUAAAGUGUUCUGAGAUCCCUGAUGAAAACCUAAAGGACCCUCAUGCACAUAAGAGCUCGGUGACCAGCUGUCUGUACAACCUGGGAAAACUCUACCAUGAGCAGGGACACUAUGAGGAAGCCCUUAGUGUAUAUAAGGAAGCAAUUCAGAAAAUGCCAAGGCAGUUUGCUCCACAGAGCUUAUACAACAUGAUGGGCGAAGCAUACAUGCGAUUAAGCAAACUCCCCGAAGCAGAACAUUGGUAUAUGGAAUCAUUAAGAUCCAAAACCGACCACAUUCCUGCUCAUCUCACCUAUGGGAAGCUACUAGCUCUCACAGGUCGUAAGAGUGAGGCUGAAAAGUUCUUCUUGAAGGCUAUUGAGCUGGAUCCCACCAAAGGAAACUGUUACAUGCACUAUGGUCAAUUUCUUCUGGAAGAAUCUCGCCUCAUAGAAGCAGCUGAGAUGGCAAAAAAAGCAGCUGAACUGGACAGCACGGAGUUUGACGUGGUCUUCAAUGCUGCCCACAUGCUCAGACAGGCUAGCCUCAAUGAAGCAGCCGAGAAGUAUUAUGAUCUGGCAGCCAGGCUGAGGCCUAAUUAUCCGGCCGCGCUGAUGAACCUGGGGGCCAUCCUGCACCUCAACGGGCGGCUGCAGCGCGCCGAGGCCAACUACCUGCGGGCGCUGCAGCUCAAGCCGGACGACGUCAUCACACAGUCCAACCUGCGCAAGCUCUGGAACAUCAUGGAAAAGCAGGGCCUGAAGACUUCCAAGACCUGACGCGGGGGGGCGCUGCCUCGCCCGCCGCCUUCCCGGGCGCGCUUCCCUCCCAGCAGGACUGCCCCGCGGCGCUCCGGCAGGAGCUGGUCUGGACUCCAGGACGGGGGCAGAGGUCGCAGAGGUCGCUGCCACUUUUUCCAGGAAUACCCACUUUGCUGUUGGCACAGCCAUGAACACCAAAAAUGGGGGGAACAUUGGAAAACUCCGGAAGGGUGUAAUUUGUUACCCGUAGAACUAAACCAGAGCACUUAAAACAGGAUCUUAAACACUGUGAGAGGAAGCCCGAGCGGCCGCUCCGCCGCCGUGAGCUGUUCGGGGCGAGUGUGCGCGGGGUGUGGUUGCCCUGCAGGGUGAAUCCUGGGGAGCGGGCCGGUGGCCCUGACGCGGCUGUCUUACCUCUUUGGGACAGCUUGCUUAUCGAUUUCUGAAACUUCGAAAACUUUUCUUUUUUCAUGCUAUGUCGGGACCUGUGAGAAUCUACACUUGAUCCCUGACCUAGUGCACAUGAUGUUUUAUGAGUUGGAUGUCAGUCUUCACUUCCUGGGGCAUCAUUUGCUUUUCAUGUUCUGAGAAGGAUAUGCAGAGUAGACAACCUGCGUUUCACACUGGCGUUGGAGGGGCUGGGGAGGCCUCCUAUGUGUCAGGAGGCAGUUUUGACUUUAAUAUCACCAAUAUUCCUCCUCCCCCCGCCCCCCCAAAAAAACUGCCUAGGAGUAUUCAUUGUAUUAAUUCUUAGGCUUUUGAAAUUGCCUUUGGAAAUGGCGAUACCCGGUUAAUGCACAUGCUUAUAUAAGGAUUAUAUCAGAAGGAAGCUUAAAUGUAUUCUAGUUCCAGUAACUAACCAGCAGCUCUUAGACAAAAGGGAAGGUGCUUUGUACUUUCCAGAUGUUACUGGUUAAAAAAUCAAGUCUGCUCAAAAGAAGGUAGAGUGAUGGUUGGCAAUGACUUUAUGUUUUGGAAAAAGUUAGUAUGAAAUGCUAAUCACUUUCUAAUAGGUACCAAAACAGUAAUGCUGACAAGUUUUCAAGGAAUUGUUUUUAUCAUAUUUCUUGUAUUUUGCUCUUCCCAAAAGACGUAAAAGUGACUUAUUUUAAGCUGCGGUAGAAUUGUAGCAUUAGCCUGCGUGUUUCUAGGUCUUCUGCCAAGUGCUUUUUACAGUUGAAAACCAUUUUUCACAGGCAAAUUUGGUAUUCUGUUUCAUUACCUAUUAGUAGCCACUUCAGCGAUCAUUUCACAAGUAAAAGAGUACAAAUGAAGUAGAGAAGAACAUUUGUUGAGCACUUUUUGACUUGCAGUCAAACUUUGCUACUAAAAAUUAACUUUGUAAAAACAACAGCUCACUGUUAGCUUCUUCAUAAAGUAGAAACACAGUACUCCACAUAUUUAUUUAUUUAUUAUUCUACCAUACCAGAAUAACAAAACGAAACUCAACUUAUCAAGGCAAUUCCUUGCAACUGAAAACUCGCUUUUUCUCCUUUACACUCAUGCAUGUUCCAUGUAUAUAUGGUCAGCAUCCCCAUUAAAGGGAAGCUGGGCAUGCAAAAACAUCAUACUAUGUUUUCUCCAUAUUUUAUGUGUUUUUCUGCAUAUCAAUACAGUGGGGUAAAGAAUUUAAAGUAGUGUUCCUAUGACAUUAGUGUUUUUGUAAGAAGGGCAAAUGUAGUGAGAGAUUUGAUGGCAUUAAUAAGAAGGCCCUCCUAAUAUGUAUCGUAUUUUGUAAACAUUUCAUUGAGGGGCCAAAAGUUAAAUUAUAACUAAAUCACUGUGUUCUCAGAAUGAUAUUUAACAUUUAACUAAACAACAAACCCGUGGUCAAACCAAAAGUAUGGGUUGAAGUGUAUUUUUCAUCUUCUACUGCAUUGGCAAUUGCAAAAAAAUAAAUAAGGAAUUUAAUAUAAGGAUAUAGAGAUGAAUUCAAUGUCUAACAUUUUUAUUUAUUUAAAUAGUUAUUGACCUAUGAUGACUUCCUAGUUUUAACACUUUGUGUCUUUUUAUUGUUAUUGUUUUUCCUUUCAAAACACUUGGUUCUUAAUAGGUUCGCUGAUUGCACAGUAGAGGCACUUCAUGUUGACCCAGUUCCCAAGUAGCAUUAAUAAUUGGGCCUGUGUCAUAAAAUGCAUGGAUCUUUAAUAACAAAAUGUCCCUGACACCUUUUAUUACAGGGCUGGGCUUAGACCAACUCGGGGGGGAGGGCUGGGGGAUGCUAUAGAACAUGGUCAAAAAAUGUCUCCGCUCAGGGAUUUAUGGUGGAUUAUUGCAGACAGUGCUAAAAAUAUAGAGCACAAGACAAGUUUACUAAAUUAAAAUUUUAUUUUUUGAGAAACUGUUAUUUGUAUAAAUUAUCAAGAUUUGUAGGCUUUCCUUUUGUAGAAAUAAUUGUUUUAUGUGCCAGAGAAUUUCAAUUUUGUUUUCAACAAUAAAGCAUUGAUAACAAA